AUGACUACCCUCACCCCCCGUAAACCUUACACCAAAGACGAGCUCAACCAAUUAUACCCCGCUGACCUCCAACUCCAACUGGUCCAAAUUCUUCUCCGCCACGGCGAACGAUCGCCCGUUUCAGUUCGUUUCCAGAAUGCCGGCCUUCCCGCCUUCUGGCCCUACUGCGCUGCGGUUACACAGCUCAAAUCUGCCGUCCUCGACCGCUCCAUGACGCCCUCUGCCUUCACAACUCUCGAAUGGAAACGACGCCUCGAGGCUUUCGGCCCCGGCGAUGAGCCCAUCGUCGCGUCAGGUCCCCGCGGCGAGCUCGACGCCAUCUGCGACAUGGGCAUGCUGACCGACAAGGGGCGCCAGACCACAUUCGACCUCGGAUCUCGCUUGCGUCGGCUCUACGUCGAGCAGCUCGGCUUCAUGCCGCAUACCAUCAACGACGCCGAUAGUCUGUACCUCCGCGCGACCCCGAUACCGCGAGCGCUGGAAAGCCUGCAGGAGACAUUCUUGGGGCUGUAUCCAACACACACGAGAGCGCCGAACUUUCCGCCCCCGUCGAUCUUGACCCGAGCUGCGCAGGACGAGACGUUGUUUCCGAAUGACAGUAACUGCCGAAGGCUAGCGGCACUCGCCCGGGCCUUUGCUCAACGCGCGGCGGAUCGCUGGAACGACACGGACGAGAUGGCUUAUCUGAACAAGUUGUACGGAAAGUGGAUGCCCGAGGACAGUCAACGGGUCGCUGUGGACUCGCACCCGAGACUGAGUGGUAUCAUGGACACGAUCAACUCAACUUUAGCCCACGGACCGGACACAAGGUUACCCAAAGAUUUUUACGACAAGAAAGGUCGGGACAUCAUUGAGAAGAUUGGUGUGGAAGAGUGGUUCGCGGGUUACAAAGAAAGCCGCGAAUACCGAACCCUUGGAAUCGGCGGACUGAUGGGCGACGUGGUAUCAAGAAUGGUCGGCAGCGCCGAAAGAAGUACUGCAGACGGCGAGUAUGAAAUCGCGCGCAACCUCGAGACUAAGGGCGUGCGGGACGGCCGCGGCGCAACGCCCAUCCGCUUCGGCCUGAGCGGAUGCCACGAUACCACCUUAGCCGCAGUCCUGAUGAGUCUGGGCGCCUACCCGGGGGACAAGUGGCCACCCUACACGAGCCACAUCGCCAUCGAGAUGUUCCGCAAAGCCGACGUGGCGCCCGCCGUGCAAGGGAAGAGCACUAUCCCGCCGACGGAGAGCAGCGCUGCUGGCAAGUCUACUAGUAGUUGGUUUGCAAGCUUGUUCUCGUGGAAGAGCUCCCCGGAGGCGAAAACGGCGGCCGGUCUCCCGCCCCCGGGCAUAGGACGUAAGCGGACGGAGGACUUGAGCGUAGCUGAGAAGGACAGGAUUGACGGGUAUUACGUGCGGUUGCGAUAUAAUGAUGAGGUGGUUACGGUUUCGGGUUGCAAAACACCGGGUAACCAUCUGGAGGGGAAUGAGAGCUUUUGUACUUUGGCCGCCUUCAAGGCCAUUGUCGACAAGUUCGUCCCCCGCAACUGGAAGGCCGAGUGUGCAGUCAGUAUAAAAGAGCCGGCGUUCCCUGCGAAACCCGAGCCGGCUGGGUACUGA